AUGAUUGAUGAACAUAGAAAAGACAGGAGCGUAAAAAGUAAAAGCAAUGAACGUGAUAAAGAAAGAAUCAGAGAAUUAGAACGAGAAAGAGAACAUUUAGAAAGAGAAAAAAGAAAACAGCAGGAGAUAUUAAACUUAACUAAAAUGAAAACUGAACGUGAAAGGCUAAAACAAAAAGAACAUGAGAGAGCGAUGAGGGAAGAAGAACGUAAGAGACGCAUAGAAAAAGAACGCCAAUUAGAAAUUGAAAGAAAACACAAAGAAGAAGCAAUUCGCCUAGAAAGAGAAAGACAAAAACUUCGAAUUGAGCGUGAACGAAUUGAAAAGGAAAAAUCUGAACUAUUGCGUUUAGAGCGUGAAAAUCAACGUUUAGAACGAGAAAGAUUACAAAGAGAAAAGGAAGAGUUACGUAGAGCACAGGAGAAGUUAGAGGAAACAAAACGCCAAGCAAUACUAAAGCGUGCUAUGCCCCCAUCUCCACCACUUCCUAGUAAAAGACAUUCUUCAUCAAAUUCAUCUCGAUAUGAAGAAAGAAAAGAACCAAUUCGUAGUUCUCGUAUUCAGCCUAGUACUGAUUAUAUGAACCAAGCACCUCCACCUCCCAACAUAACAUCAUCUAGACAUCGCUAUGAACACCAUUCUUCAGAAUCCCGUCGUAUGAGGUCAUCACACCCAUCACCACCCCCUCCUCCACCACCUGCAUCAAGACCCAAAGACUCUACUGUGAACAUCUGGUAUGGUGCUCAACUAGCAACAGAUCAUCAUUACAGAAGUCGUGAUGAUCGAUCAGAUCGAAGAGAUGAAUCUCGUAGGAAAGAUUCAAGUGGUGGAAGUAGUAGCAGACAUGCUCAUGUGCCAUAUGAUUCAAACAAAAGUUCCUAUGGAAUGUCACGCAAUAGUGAAAGUAAUAGCUGGUCAUCAGCCGCAGUAAAGAAUUCUUAUGGCACAGUUGGCUCAAGCUCUGGAACCAAUACUAUGGAAAUGAGUUCGAGACCAGAUCCGUGGUCACAUAAUACUUUUCGAGAUGUGGAAUCAAGUAUUUGGCAACGUCCAAGUCAACCACUACCCGAGAAGUGGAACAGCACACCAAGCAAUCCUUCAUCUAUGCCAAUAAGUGGACGUAGUUCUAGUAGUAACGCUUUGUACAGCAAUAACCACCAAGUUAUACCAAACAUAGGGUUAAACAUGUCAACAAACUACAGUGAUAGUCGAUUUGACAGUUACAAAAUGAGUGGCAUGUCACGCAAAUAUUAA